AUGGCGAGCUGUGGUGCGCCUGAUGACGCAACGCCGCCCGACGAGAGGCGAGGACGCCCACGCAGCGCAGCGCCGAGCACCUCGACCAACUCGGACGAUGACGACGACGACGCGCAGGUGCGCAAGGGAAAGCAGCGGUCGGCGUACUACCGCCACAAAGACAAGCGGCGAUCCGAGCUCGAGUACCUCCAGGACAAGGUCGCCGCGCUCGAGGAGCACGUGCGCGUCCUCCAUGAGACGAACGAGCUCUGCGCAAUCAUGGACCCGCCGUCGCUCUGGGAGCAGCUGGCCAAGCGCGAGCGCAAGCGCCGGCUCGCUGCUUUGCGCGAGAACGAGCGGCUCAAAGCGUCGUUGGAGGAGCAAGUCAAGUUUGCCAAGUCGCUCGCGGCGAUCGUACGCAAGCGGCCGCGCCUUUCGCUCUUCGCAGACACCGAGGCGUCGCUCCAGGGAGAAGCCAUGGUCCUUUGCGCCGACCUGCCCUCGCGCCAGCGCAUGUGCCACGCCAUCUCGGACGCAACGCGCGCGGUGCUGGAGAGCGCUUUUGUCGAGGCCCACCUCAUCGACCCGACCGACCCGAUGCGCGCCCACCGAGCCGUCCUGCUCCACGGCGUCGUGCAAGUGCACACGAUACUGCACAUGCGGCUGACGGUGCCGUUAGAGGCCGUCGUGCGCGUAGCCUGGGACAUUCUUCGCGGCGCCUACCCCGUGCGGUCGCUUGAUGGCACGUACGAGCUCAAAGAAGAGAUCGACGAGCACACGUCGUACGUCCAUAGCGAGCGGCGCUACGCCGUGGGCGCGAUGGUCCGGCGUGUUGUCAUGCGGCGGUACGUCGAGUCGCCGUCCCAUGUGACCAUUGUGGGCCGGAGCGUCACACAAGAUGCGCUGUACCCUGUCGACGCGCGCAUCUCGGACGAGGCAUCGUGGAUGACGUUUGAGGCGACGGCACCGAACGAGACGGUCGUCAAGUACUUUCAGAAAUCGACGCCCAAUUUUGACAAGCCUCUUGAUGCGGCGACGAUCGAGAGCCAGUACCUCAUGGACCUCUACGCCGAUCACUCGUACCAGUUUGAAAGGGCUGUGCUAAUGCUUCUCGAGACCGACGGCGGCUCGUCGUCAGACGACUCGGUAACCGACGCGUAG